AUCUAUACAUGUAGUUUACUGAUAGUGAUAAAAAUAGAUGUACACUAUUGAGUUUAUUAUUAUGAAAUAUAAUUGCAUUUGAAUCAGCCAAUUUAUAAAAUUUAUUCGUUAUUUAUAAAUAUAAUAAUUGAUAGAUUAGAGAGGAAUUUAUUGACGAUUGAAACAUUUAAGACUUUUCAUCAUUUCAAGAUAGAAACAUUACGUGUUUCCUUAUUUUAUUGUUAAAAUCUGUCACAAGAGGCAGCACCAGACUAAAAUUGACUGAUAAUUAGUAGUUGAGCACUUAUUCUUAUCAAAAACGUUUGUCACAUUAAUCUUUAAUAUAUUAUAACAUUUUAUUAAAUUGAUGUAAUGCUAAAAACAAUUGAAAAAUAUAAUUAGACGAAAAAAUGACAAGUACUACGUCUGACAGUACUCCAAUCGCAAAAACAAAAAAGCCGUCAGACAGUGCCUUCAAACAGCAACGUCUUCCAGCUUGGCAGCCUAUUCUCACUGCUGGAACAGUUCUCCCGACUUUUUUUGUGAUAGGAAUAGCAUUUAUUCCUGUUGGCAUUGGUCUUUUACAUUUUUCUAAUGAAGUUAAAGAAUACACUAUUGAUUAUACACAUUGUGAAUCAAUAAAUUCAACAAAUCGUACUCACUGUUCAGAAAUCAUAGCUAACAAUCCAAAAGCAGUGUGUAAAUGCCAAAUAACCUUUACAUUACCUGAAGACUUUGCUGGUAAUGUUUAUAUGUAUUAUGGCCUUAGCAAUUUUUAUCAGAAUCAUCGUCGAUACGUUAAAUCAAGAGACGACAAUCAACUACUAGGAAAAUUGAGUGAUGUGUUAUCGACUGAUUGUGAACCUUUUGCUUAUAAUGAAUCCAAACAUCCAAUAGCUCCAUGUGGUGCUAUUGCAAACUCGCUAUUUAGCGAUCGUUUAACUUUAUUUUUCUUAGACUUAAAUACUACAGUACCUCUUCUUAAAACUGGUAUUGCUUGGCCAUCAGACAAGAAUAUUAAAUUCCAAAAUCCACCUGGAAAUCUAACGAAAGCAUUUGAAAAUUUUGCAAAACCACGUAAUUGGUCCAAAAAUAUAUGGGAAUUAGAUCCUGAACAUCCAGAUAAUAAUGGCUUUCAAAAUGAAGAUCUGAUUGUGUGGAUGAGAACGGCGGCAUUACCAACUUUCCGAAAGCUUUAUCGUCGUAUAGAUCAUUCUUCACACUUAUUUGCUAGUGGUUUAAAAAGUGGAAAGUAUAGACUUGAUGUUGAUUAUUCCUACUAUGUAUCAGCAUUUGACGGAAGCAAAAAAAUGAUUCUCAGUACGACAUCACUUUUAGGUGGUAAAAAUCCAUUUUUAGGAAUUGCAUAUAUUGUAGUUGGCUGUGUAUGCUUAGUUUUAGGCAUAGCGUUAUUAAUUAUACAUAUAAAAUGUUCUAAAAGCACAAACGAAAUUAUUAAUGUUAAUCAAAAUACUCCUUACCAGUAAUGUAUUAUAUGAAUAAAGAGUUCGCUCUUCACUAGUUCACUA